GGUGCUAGGAUGGGCAAUGAAUAGCAGAUGGAUCACUUUAGGGACCGUCUGCAACUUCCUUCCGCAAUGAUGAAACUGGCUUGGGCAAAGCCUUCUUCUGCUUUAUCUUGGCGGUUUCCUCUGUACAUGCCCAGGUCCUGCCCUAUCUGCCUUCCAGUGCUCCAGAAUGCCCAGCAGAAAGGCCAGCCUGAGGUUCCUCUUCCUUGUUGCUGGGUCCCUGGCAGCCUUGUCCCGUGCUCCCAUGCCACUUGCCUACCUGGCCACAGCUGCAGAAGACAUCCGGACAGGAGACUCCAUCAGCAUCUGCUGCACUGCACCCAGCACCUACCUGGGCUCCUGGUUUGACUUGCUGAGGACUGACGUGGCUGAGCCCCUGCAGAGCCAACAAGCUCCCCAUAACCAGCACAAUGUCACCUUCAUGCUGGGGAGUGUCACCGCGGGGGAUUCUGGGCACUACUAUUGCCGGUACCACUACGUCAAUGGGACUGCCCUGGUGACCUCAAACCCCAGUAACAUGGUGGAAAUCCUGGUGCCAGGUCCUGGUUGGUUUCUCCCCAUGGCCCUGAGCGUGGCUGGUGCAGUGCUUCUAGCCCUGGUCCUCCUAGCUGUUGUGGUCACCAAGCAAGUUAAGGCCAGAAGACAGCAGAUAAGAAGGGAUCAGGACUCAUGCUGGACAGAGACCGGGUUCCCCACCACAGAGCUGUCGUUUGACAAUGGUGUGUUUGUGGGCCCAGUGAAAUCAGACAGGGAAGCCAUGGGCAGUCCAGGGACCUGCCUCCCCCCCGGGCCACAGAAGAGGCUGACUUCUGCCACCUCCACCAGCUCCCAGGAGAUGCCUGAGUUCAGCACCUUCAAGGCUUUGGAGUGAUGGGUCCAGUUCCCUUCUCUUAGUGGGGGACGGCCCCGCCCCCAGCCUCACUCAGCUGCCCCCGAGAAGCUCAGUAUCUUCCCAAGUCAGACACGAGCUGGAGUGUUCCCCUGCGGGCGAGGCAUCAGCACAGGUGCUAGCCCCUCUGCCUCUUGGCCUUGCCCUCCCAUGACUGCAGGGACUGGGGACAGAGAUUUGCUCACCAAGUGCCCGUGAGCUGAGAUACCUGAGAGGCCCAGAGAUGAAGUCCUAAAACCGACAUUCCCCCCCAGCCCCACACUCACCCCGUCCUCGGCUCCCUUGGCCACAGACCAGCCCAGCUGCCAGCAGCUCACACAUUUGCUUCUGGCCGCCUUAGGAAAAGAGCUCGCUUCAGUAAGUAGCCCUGGGAGCCGGGACUCCUGGGUCCUCUCCCCAGCUUUGCCACUAACUGCUGAUGUUAGGAAAGCCCCCCCGCAUCAGUGCCUCAAGUUUCCCUGGCCAUAAGAGAGGGACAUGAUAACUGAUGGCCCACAUGUGCUUGAUGGGGGCUGGGCCAUGGGAAGAUGCAACACGCUGAGCAUGAUGGUCCCCCAUUUCCUGUGUCAGUCUCUAAGGUCAUUUUGUGACUCAAUAAAGAUGGAAGUUUUGGGUGCGGAGGGGCCUCUGACCGGGGCUGUCUCCCUGUCUGGGAACCUGGAUGAGAGCA